AUGGGCGCAACCGAGCACCCUGGCAAUGAUGUCUUCAACGAUGGCAUCCAGCUGGAAAGAAAUGCUGGUCUCCUCAUGGCAACCAACACGACCACCAUCGCCUUGAAAGGAAAUGCAGAAAGCCUCUAUCUGCCGAAGCCUCAUUUCUAUAAGCAGUUCGCCAAACAGCAACAGCCAGUCCGGCCAUCAGCAGCGGUGAACCGGGGAUACUGGCUGCGAAUGCGAGCCAUUGAAUGGGUCGUCCGUCAGUUUCUCGAAAAGCCAUCAGCCCACCGAAAAGUAAUCGUCAACCUGGGUUGUGGUUAUGACCUUUUGCCGUUUCAAUGGCUGUCUCGCGAGAAUCAUCUCUGCGCAACUACCAAAUUCGUCGACGUCGACUACGAACCGCUGCUGCAGACGAAAUGCGAGAUCAUCCUGAAUCGGCAUGAUACGAGCAACUUGUUACGCUCGGUCACGACGAAUCCGACUGCCACCAAUCCCAUUCUUCUCGAUAGCCGUGAAUAUGCCGCUAUCGGCUGCGAUUUGCGGAACCUUCGAAGAUUGGAUCGACUGCUCAAAUCUGUGUGUGAGCCAGAACAGAGCAUUGUACUCUGCAUUGCCGAAGACUCGGUUGCAUACAUGCCCACCGAAGCAGCCGAUGCGUUGAUAGCGUGGAGUUCAUCCUUGUCCUCAGAUACCACCUUCUGCCUUCUGGACCCCAUCUGUCCGGAUCAACCGGACAAUCCAUUCACGGCAAAGAUGGCGAGCCAUUACACCAAGCUCGGCACACCAUUGAGAUCUGUGUUUCAGUACCCCGGGCAACACAGCCACACUCAACGCUUCCGAGUGGCGGGCUUCACCCAGCUUGAGUAUCAAAAUUUGUGGGAACUUUGGGCGGACCCUCGGUUCCUAUCACCAUCACAACGAAUGGCGCUGGAUGGUAUCGAGCCUUUUGAUGCUUGGGAGGAGUUUGCUCUGUGGGCAAGUCAUCACUGUCUCGCCGUGGCACAUAACCGCGGCGACCCUGUCCUUCCCGAGCGAGUCCUAUCCCGACGGAAUUCGGACUCUAGUGACGCUUCUGACAUUUCUACACGAACUUCUGCGCCGACCCAUCCCGACUCUCAACUGUUUGCGUUUCGCUACUACAAGGAUCCCGGAUGCCUGUGUCGGCGUCACCAUGGCUCAUCAUAUCCCAUUCCUGACCAGGACGCCAUCGCCAUCUAUGGAGGUCAAGGGCCCGAGUCGAUUUUAGCCACGAGCGCGGUUUGCCGGCCACGUCAUCUCGACGAGGUGACGCCGGUUGUCUUGCCCCCUGAGGUGGGCGCUCGAUGUUGUCACGUUCUCACCGGCAUGAACGAUGGAGGCAAUAUCUUGGUUGGGGGUCGACGUUCACUAACCGAACCCUUGAAGGACUGUUGGCUACAGAAGGGCAACCGAUGGUUCCGUAUACAUGACUUGCCGGAACCACGUUACAGAUGCAGGGUCGUGGGAGUUACUCUCCCGAAUCACGUCUUUGGUGCCAUAUGCUACGGCGGGAAGACAGGCCCUGCCACCGUCGCCACGGACAUUCUUCUCUGGGAACCAAACGUAGGGUGGCGUGUACUUCAACAUCUCCGGAACACCCCUGUUCCUAGAUUCGGCCCCAACUUUAUCCGACUCGGCUUUAAUCACGGACUGUUAUUUGGUGGGAUGAGACAAGAUGGGGUCAUCUGCCCAGAUCUUUGGCGUUGGCGAUUGGUGGUACGCGACAAUGUCGUCGCCGGAAUCUCUUUUCGUCCUUCGCACGCUCUACAUGCAAGUAUCGGAGCAUAUCCAUGGUUUGCUCGGUUCGGGGCCUCCUAUGGCUUCGUCCAGGACUAUUUACUCGUCAUCGGAGGAGUUGCUCGAGGAGGUUGCAUACCACAGCCGUAUGAAAUCUUGUCACUGAUCGGCUCCUUCUCCAACUUGGGCGAUGGGAAGGAGUUGGGUCUGAGGGUGACCUCGGUGCAACCAGUCCGACCUCCAGACUGUCCUCGGCCGUUUCUCAUUGGACAUUCGACUCUUCGGACCCGGACAGGCAUGUAUGUGAUUCUCGGUGGAGGCGCCACCUGUUAUACUUAUGGCGACUACUUCAACGAGGGCAUUUGGGUUCUUCAUGAGAAAGAGGCUGGGCUUACAGCAGAUUGGGUCGUCGUCCCGAGUCGUGCCUCAAGCAUCUCUGCGGCAGAUUCCGACAGCGGGAAGAACGGGCCAUCAGUCCAGCCGGUGGACGUCGUGUUGAACCGAACGCAGCUGGCGGAUGCUGUUGAGUUUGUCUCGGUCGUGCGUCGAUCACGGCCCAGAGUAAUCACAGAUCUAGAUUUCGGAACCGGUGCACGACUUUGGUCACUUGACCAUCUGAUGGCCAAGACUACACGAAGUGGCAAUUCUAUUCCUUCCGAUGAACUGCCUCAGCGCCGUGGUUGGAGCAGGUUGGAAGACAGUUCCGGCCACCAGAUCACCUGUCCAGCCAAGCCAGUCAAACUUCGUGUAAGCUCUUCGAUUGCAACAAAUACUCUUUUGCAGCAAGGACAGCUCGACAAGCCGCCAGAGCUAGACGUCGACUUUCGAAUCCCCUGGCAACUGAAAAGCAUAGAAACUCAUGUUGACUCUGUGUUGUUGGAUGUGUCAAGGGGCACGACACUCCUCCAGUAUGACACGACGGCUACUGUCCUGUUUCAAGUCAAAGGUUUAAGGAAGGUUGCUCUCUUCCCACCCACCGACCUUAACAGACUCGAAAUCUUGCCUGGCUUAGGUAGAUGUGAGCUUCGAGUCUUCAAUGAGAAAACAAGGGCAAAGCCGUUGCAGGCGCCGCCGGGGACGAGUCCGCAUGUUGCCAUCAUCCAACCAGGAGACUCGCUCUUCAUCCCGCCAUUCUGGACUUAUUCCGCCACGUCGAUGCGGGAUUUUGGCCUCACCAGUCACGACUGUUUGGUCAAUAAAACUCAGCAAUCUCAAUCUCAGCAGACAAGAUCAAGCCGACCGACCAGCGUGACGUCUGAAAGUUCAUGUUCUUCCGGCUACACGAGCGAGUCGGCAACGGAAUGCGCAAGCCCUGCUAGCUUAGGCAGACGGCCCCCGCUGACAGAUGACACCGUCGAUGUUACAAUCAAAGUCUUUUUCCGAACCAUAACAGCAGAUAAGUAUACCAAGUCUGCCGGAGGAUUCCGAGAGGCAGAGCUUGUUGCUUAUGAGGCUGGGCGACGCGACGUUGAGAACAUCGUGAAGAGAUUCAUCAACAAUAAUACUCAGCCCGCACGGUUGACAGGCCAGGAGACUUCUGGUCUUACUGGACAUGAAGAGACCGAGACCAAGAUCGAGCCCGCUUUCGUGUUGGACCAGAUUCCGAAGGAUGUGACCAAAGCAUUUCUAGAGAAAUUGGGAAGGGAGCUGCUGGCCAAGGCCGCAGAACUGUAG